AUGACGGCAGAGUUGGUUAAAGACGCCACAUAUAAACUUCGACACGCUGAGAAAAUAAAGGAUAUGCACAGUCACAGUAUUACCUACGAGUUGGGUACCAUAGCCGCUGGUAUACAGGAGAGGUUUCAGAGGAUGCUGAAAUUGUACAAGAAAUAUGCAAACUUAAAAGAUUUUGAAAAAGCAACAUAUACAGUGCCUGAAAUCAUGAACGCCUACCAUCUCAUGCAGGGUGAUUACAACGAGAUUCGUUUAGAAAAAAGUCUCUUUCAUGAUAUAGUUAAAAAGCAUGAAAGCACCCACACCCCAAAGAAAAGGUUACCAACCAACCAAAUGAAGAAACAAACUACGCCAACGGGACCAAAACAACCAUCUGGGGGGAGGAAGCAGAUGAAGUGGUCUGUGAACAGAGAUAUGUACUAG